AGAAACAUGUUGGAUAUGAAAGCCAUUAUAUGGUUGGAAAAUUAUCUACAGACUUGGCCGACAACGAUAUUAGUUGUAUCACACGACCGUUCCUUCUUAAAUUCAGUUUGUACAGAAAUUGUGCAUUUACAUGGUAAAAGACUGGACACUUAUAAAGGAAAUUAUGAUCAGUUUGAUAAAACUAAAGAAGAAAGAAUAUAUAAAAAUCAGAAGAAAGAAUACGAGGCACAGAAGCAGUAUAGAGAUCAUAUACAGGUGUUUAUAGACAGAUUUAGAUAUAAUGCAAAUAGGGCUUCUCAAGUACAGAGUAAAUUAAAACUUUUAGAAAAAUUACCUCCAUUAGAACCUCCAGGUAAAGAAAGUGAGGUCACUAUAAGGUUUCCUGAAUGUGAAAAAUUGUCUUCAAAUAUAUUACAAUUGGACGAGUUGCAAUUUUACUAUAGUAAAGAUAGGAUAAUCUUUGAUAAUGUUGAUUGUAAUGCCAAUAUGUCUUCAAGAAUUUGUAUAGUUGGUGAAAAUGGUGCGGGUAAAACAACAUUACUGAAAAUAUUAUUAGGAGAAUUAUCUCCGACUAAAGGUAUACGACACGUACACAGAAGUUUACGUAUUGGUUACUUUAGUCAGCAUCACGUAGAUCAGCUCGAAAUGGACCUGAAUUCUAUAGAACUUUUGCAACAAAGAUUUCCUGGUCAGACUAUCGAGCAAUAUAGAGGGGUGUUAGGGCAGUACGGUGUCAGCGGAGAGCUCGCUACACGACCUGUUACUAGUCUUUCUGGAGGUCAGAAGAGCCGAGUGGCUUUUGCAGUCAUGAGUAUGACCAAUCCAAAUUUCUUCAUCCUUGAUGAACCUACCAAUCACUUAGACAUGGAGACGAUAGAAGCACUCGGUUUUGCUCUCAAGAAAUUUGCUGGAGGAGUUAUUCUGGUAUCUCACGACGAGCGUCUUAUAAAGAUGGUGUGCGAAGAACUCUGGGUGGUUCGAGACAAGAAGGUGGUGUCAUUAGAGGGCGGGUUCCCACAGUACAAACAGAUUGUCGAGGAAGAAUUAAAAGCACAAGGCUGUUGAUAAAGGCCACUGUCUUAGCCAUUGUUAUAUUUAUAUAUACAAUAUGUACCUUUUGUUGUACAUUUAAACUACACAGAUACAGUCUAACAUGUGGAAAAAGGCCACUUUCAAAAGAUAACUGAGGUUAAAGGCUGCGUUCAAUAAAGAACAAAACAAAUAAUCUUUUAUUAAUGGCCUUAAUUCAAAACUUACAUUUGAACAAUUAAAAGAGCAAAAUUUAUUUGCUUUGAUUAUUUCUCAAAAUUUUUAAUUGAGCAAAAUACUGUUGUUGUUAUGUCCUUCUGACUGUUACACCUUUUCUCAUAUAACAUUGUAGUUUAUUUUUCUUUCUCUCACUUACACAUGCUGAAACCAACAUUAUUUAUUGACUAGUGUCUUUAAUAUACAGUGUGUUGAUGACUUAUAAAACCAUUAUCCUUGGUAAUGGUUUCAGGUCAGUUAGGUCAAGGUCAUGAAGAUUAAAUAUUUUCUUACAGUAAUAUCAUGUUUAAAGUUUUCAUUUUUAAAGGAACAUAAGAAAGCCUCUGAUGGUGAUAAUGAUACUGUUGUUUUCAUUUUCAAAGACUGGUUGUCAUUUAAAUGUCUGACUGUAUUUAAAGGGACUCCACUAAGGUUUUUUGACAUGAUGUGACUGAAAAUAA